ACUGAUCCCUGAAGUAGCUGUUGUACGCAUGGAACGGGGGCAGAGAGGGUAACCAUGGCCGGCAAAGAAAUCCUCCACAAGAUGAAGGAAAAAGUUGGGUUAGAUUCGUCAGAUCCCGACUCUGGAAAAGGAAAGAGCAAGAUGUCAAAGAAGAUAACACAUGGCUUUCACUUGGUGAAGGGAAUUCAUGCCAUGGAAGAUUAUGUUUUUGCACAGUUUAAGCAAGUUGAAGACAAUGAGCUUGGUCUGUUUGCAAUCUUUGAUGGCCAUUUGAGUCAUGAUGUUCCCGAUUAUUUGAGGUCUCAUUUAUUUGAGAAUAUUUUAAAGGAACCUGACUUCUGGAGAGAAACAGAGAAAGCAAUCAGGAGAGCUUAUCGUAUAACAGACGCCAACAUUUUGGAGAAAGCAGUUGAUUUGGGAAAAGGCGGUUCAACUGCAGUUACAGCAAUGUUGAUUAAUUGUCAUAAGUUGGUAAUAGCGAACAUUGGGGAUUCUCGAGCUGUUAUCUGUAAGAAUGGUGUGGCCAAGCAACUAUCAAUUGAUCAUGGGCCAAGCAUGGAAAGGGAGAGAAUUGAGGAGAGUGGUGGUUUUGUGUCCAACUUUCCCGGGGAUGUUCCACGAGUUGAUGGGCAAUUGGCGGUGGCAAGGGCAUUUGGUGACAAGAGCUUGAAGGAACACCUCAGUUCAGAGCCCCAUGUCACGGUGGAGUUUAUAGAUGAUGAAACGGAGUUUGUUAUCCUAGCAAGUGAUGGAUUAUGGAAGGUAAUGUCGAACCAAGAAGCAGCAGAUUGCAUCAGGGCAAUAAAGGAUGCUCGGUCAGCAGCAAAGCACCUGACCGAAGAGGCGCUUAAUAGAAAGAGCACAGAUGAUAUUUCCUGCAUAGUUGUAAGAUUUGGGUGAUCUAAAAGUAUUGCUCUGCAAUACUUCUGUUGGGGAAAACCUCUGUUUCAAGUGAUGUAUAUAACUAUAAAUACCCAUCUUGUGCCAUCAUAGCCUCUUUGUGGUUUUCUUUGGAUCAAUGUCAGACAUGCAAACUCGUGCGACAGAGCUGGCUAAACUAAUUGUUCUUCCUUUUAGAUGGGAACAAUGAGAAAAAUGUUAUACUUCUGAA